CACCAAAGUAAGUAAGUACCCGUAUGCUGAUCCCGAGGUAGUUAAGUCAAUGUAAGAAGACCGGAGUACGAUGCUUGUUAGGAUUUGACAUUGUCCUUUUGUGGAUAAGACAAGCUUGGCUAGUUUGCACCCAUUACCAUAUGUUCUUGUUGCGCUUUCUAUUAUGUUGUCUCCCCAAACAUUAGGAAUUUGCAGCAGAGCAAUUGUAUUCCAUCAUGCGAACAACACAGCAAUACACACAACGAGACCGUUAUGGGGUAUUCACAUUCUUUUACCUGUCAACGGGCCUUUUGGUCACUUCGAUAUUGAUCCUUCUCUUCGGAGCCAUUGGCUCAUUGAAGGGUACGAAUUCUGGUCACACUGGCUUUGAUCCAAUAUUACCAGAAACUACCUCUAUUUUCGCCAGAGAUCCAAAGUUUGCCGAUCCAUUCUCUCCACAUGCCGAUGAGGCAUGGAACUCGAUAAUGCCAGAGGGCCGUGGCUUUGUCCUGGUUGAUGAUCCAAAGAAGUAUGGAUAUCGCAAAGGCGUACCCACAGAGAAGGGAGACCGUUAUAGUGUGUCUGUGUUCCAUCAGAUACAUUGCCUUGGCAUGAUCAGGGCUUCGUACUACAAAGGCAAUGGUACGGCGAAGCCAAUUGGCCAUUUAGAAGGCGACUUGCCAGCGGAUAUCUUAGAAGAAGUCCAUGAGCACCACAUUGCUCAUUGUUUCGACUAUUUGCGACAGGCCCUCAUGUGCAGCGCAGAUACUACUAUCGAAUGGGCUGUUGUUCAGAGCACAGGUGAAAGGAGGCAGGUUGAUGGAUGGGGCGUCCCUCACAAGAAGUGCAAGGAUUGGAAUGUUCUGAUGGCGUGGAUGAACGAACACAAAGCUCCUUCAGAUUAUUCUGGCAUAUUGUAGAUAUUAAACUGGCAUUUGAGCCUAGUUGAUGAGGAUUAUCAGAUUACGAAGGCAGAAUAGAAUGC